AUGGAGCUGAAAGUUUGGGUUGAAGGGAUACAACGGAUUGUUUGUGGUGUCACUGAGACAACUACGUGCGAGGAUGUAGUUUACGCACUAGCUCAUGCUACGAGCCAGUCUGGGAGGUUUACUCUAAUACUGAUGAAAUACGGCGAAUACGCUCCAGAUGUUCAAUUGAUUCUUCGAAAGUCAAACUCGGAUGUGAACAAAAAUCAGCCGAAUCAGGUACAAAUGGAAAAUAUUGCUGUAGUACAACCGACACUACAGACCAAAAUACAAUCGAGAAAAGCCACAUUUAAGAGCAAUGAGUCACCUACCAGAGCUUCGAGUAGCGAAGGAUUUAUAAGUUUAACACACAAAAAAACCCGUGAAGUACCACCAUAUCGUGAUCCUCCAGGUCCUGAUUCAUCACCACUGAGGACAUUGCCCCCGUAUCGUGAUCCUCCGCCACCAAUAGUGACUAAUAACAAGUCACAGUCUCAAGAAAGUUCGACUAGUGAAAAUUUCAGUCUUUCCAAAGAAGAACAGUCUUCGGCUACUGGUUCUACUAAAUCAAAACGUAGUCAGGAGAUCCAAGAUACAAAGGGACUUAUGCAAUCGAGUAAGCCGCAACUAAGUCAACCGCAGAAUAUGGUAGCUGUGGCUUAUACUCAUCGUUAUGCUGAACUUAUAAAACUAGUCAAUAACCAACGCGAUACUCUUAGCUCACAACAAGUUGAUCUCACUAAAUUGAAUGCCGAAAUCUUGUAUUGGGAGAGUAAAAAUAGAGAGCACUAUAAUCAAAUGGAUUUUAUAUCACAAGAAAUAAAUCGUAUUGAAUCAGCCGGUCGUGUUUUAGAAGAACAGUUAAGUGAAUUAAUGCACACUGAAGAAGAAAAUGAAAUCGUAAGGCAGCAGGAAAAAUCUCUGAUAUCAGAAAUAAAUUCGCUUAGAUCAAAGAUCAAUAAGUGCGAAACGGAAUUACUGCAGUGUAAAAAUAAAAUAAGACUACAAAGUGAACUUGAAUUGGCUAAACGGUUAACAGAACACACUAAUCAAUCGGCUGAUUUAUUGAAACAAGAAGUUACAAACAUUGAAUCGGCUAUUGUAGAUAAAAAAUUACAAGUUGAAAAACUAGUUUCGGAAAUGAAAGAAGCUAAUUUACAGAGUUUGACUGUUGCAUGUCAAGAGGAACAAAUCAAAAAUUUAUUAGAAGGUACCCAAAAACCUAUUUGUCCACGUAAACUUAUAGGACCACCAAGGCAACUGGAGAAUGCAGUGCCUACUAGUAAAAAUCCACAUGGCGUAUGGGUAUAG